AUGCUCUUAGUUUCAAUAGAUGGUGUUGCUAGAGUAGUUUCUAUUGGGAGUAGCUCCACUUUGACUUCAUUUUUAUUUAGCACUAUCUUGAGCUUACUUUUAUAUUCCAUAUCGAUAUUGGUUGCUUUAGAGAACACAGUUGGAUAUACAAUUAAGUCUUCCAUUAAAGAAGGUUCAAUUUUAACUUUAGUAUUGCUUUCUUGGAA